AUGGGAAAGAAAAAAGGACCAUCCUUGGAUGAAAAUGGCCAUCCAUACGAUUACAUAGUGGUGAUAGAUGCCGGUUCAAAAGGUUCAAGGGCUAAUGUUUAUCGUACGCGAUAUUUCAAUUCCUCAACAACAUUGACAACACGAGAUUGGAAAGAACCUAAAACCAAUGAUAUUAAAAAUGGGAAACAAUUUACAUAUCCUGAAAUAAUCAGCAUGAACCCCAAGAAUGUUAAGAAAAUCAAACCAGGAGGUAUGAGAUUAUUGAAACCUGAGGAUCAACAAAAAAUACUGAAGGAGAUUUGUCAAUACAUUUCAGGGAAGUUUGAUUUUUAUUUACCAGAUUGUUCAAGUCAUAUCAAUUCAAUAAGUGGAGAGAUUGAAGGAUUAUAUUCAUGGAUUGGGAUUAAUUAUAAAUAUAGUGUAUUGGACGCGACUACUGAGAAAUCAUCAUUUGGGAUCUUGGAUAUUGGUGGAGUGUCUUCACAAAUUGCCCUGGAACCAAAUUUAACAGAUUCUGAUAUUUCAUCAAAUGAUUAUUUAUUCAAGCUUCGUUUGAAUUAUCAAGAUGGUGAAGAUUCGAAAAAUUCAUUCAAUGUAUUUAGUGAAUCAUUCCUAGGUGGUAUGAAUCAAAUACAUACACAUUAUGAUGAGAUUUUAAUCCAAGAGAAUAAAACAACAGACCCAUGCUUACCUGAAAAUUCCGUCAAGACUAUAACAACUAAAGAUUCUCAAGGUUAUGACAUGGAGACACAAUUGACAGGGACUGGUGAAUUUACUGAAUGCCUAACAUCAUUAAACACGUUAUUAACCUCGAUAACAAGUACCAAGUCAUGUAAUUUAACUUCAUCAAGUUCAUCAAUCUCAUCAUGUUUGAUAAGUGAUUCAAUGCCAUUUUUGAAAUUUAACAUUGAUAAAUUCAUUGGGAUAAAUGGUUUUUAUUCAAAUUUGAAAAAUUUUUUAAAUUAUUCAGAAUUUUAUUCUAAAACUUCAAAAUUAUGCUCAACUAAAUACACUGAUUUAUUAAACAGUGAAACUGAUGAUCGUGCUUCAGAGAUGUGUUUCAAAUCAAGUUGGUUAAUAAACGUGUUGCACAAUGGGUUGGGAUUCCCAAGGUAUGGUAUUGAUCAAGAGGAGGCAAUUGAUGAGAAUAUAUCUGGGUUUGAUGAUUCUUUCAAGAUAUUGGAUGAAUUUUCAUGGACUUUGGGGAGAGCUGUGUUGUAUUCUUAUUAUGAGAUUGCUGAGAGAACGUUGGGCAAUGGUACUGAAAGACCAAUGAUUGGGUUUAUUGAGCCAAGUUCAUCUAUUUUCCAAUAUGGUGGUGAGAUCCCUGGUGUUGGAUCUAGGCCUGAAUAUAUUUUCAAUAGAUCUGUUAAAGAGUAUGACGAUAAUGAUGACGAUGAUGAUGAUGGUGAUGAUAGUGAUUGGGAUGAUGUUUUAGAAGAACAUAGAUUAUGGGGGUCGUUAUUAUUCUUGUUUAUCUUGUUAUUAGUUGGUUAUUUAAUGUUGGGACGUACAAAGAGACAAAAUAUUGUUGAUGCUGUUAAAAAAUUAUAUCAUGAUAAGUUUAAAAGUAGGUAUAGAGUUGUGGAACAAGAUGAAUUGGAGUUGGAUGAGAGAGGUCAAGAGCGUGGUGAAGGUGAAGUUGUUUUUGAAACUGAUGAUUCAAGACACAGAGAUGAUAGUUUUGAAGUUUGA